CUCUUCUGUGGGCCGCCGACGCAGGGCUGGGUUUCCAUUUUUGCUGCGAGUUUCGGGGAACAACAAUAUGGAGCCGGACAUGGAGGACAAAACGGUGGAGCUAAUGAACACCUCUGUCAUGGACCCUCAGACUGGAGAUCUGUCCCCUAAAACGACCACAGUGUUCAAGAUCACUAAUGGUCCACUAACAGGGUCAAGGAAACGGCCAUCAGAGGGAAACUAUGAGAAGGAGAAGGAUGUGUGUAUCCAGCUUUUUGACCAGUGGUCUGAAGCAGACCAGGUGGAGUUUGUGGAGCAUUUGAUCUCCCGAAUGUGCCACUACCAGCAUGGCCACAUAAACUCUUACCUCAAACCAAUGCUCCAAAGGGAUUUUAUCACAGCACUACCAGCUCAGGGUCUGGAUCACAUAGCAGAAAACAUCCUCUCGUUCCUGGACGCUCGGUCGCUGUGUUCGGCGGAGCUGGUGUGUAAAGAGUGGCAGCGGGUCAUCUCAGAGGGCAUGCUGUGGAAGAAGCUCAUCGAGCGCAUGGUCCGCACCGACCCGCUCUGGAAGGGUCUGUCAGAGAGACAUCAGUGGGAAAAGUACCUGUUUAAGAACCGCACUACGGAAGUUCCCCCGAACUCCUACUAUCGUUCUCUGUACCCUAAAAUUAUCCAAGACAUAGAGACAAUCGAGGCCAACUGGAGGUGUGGAAGACACAACCUGCAGAGGAUCCAGUGUCGCUCCGAAAACAGUAAAGGUGUCUACUGCCUGCAGUAUGACGACGACAAAAUCAUCAGUGGCCUGCGAGACAAUUCGAUCAAGAUCUGGGAUAAACAAACUCUAGAGUGUCUGAAGAUCCUUACAGGACACACAGGGUCUGUGCUAUGUCUGCAGUACGAUGAACGAGUCAUCGUCACCGGCUCCUCAGACUCCACUGUCAGGGUGUGGGAUGUGAAUUCGGGUGAGGUCUUAAACACUCUGAUCCAUCACAACGAGGCCGUGUUACACCUUCGCUUCUGUAACGGCCUGAUGGUCACGUGCUCCAAAGAUCGUUCCAUCGCCGUUUGGGACAUGGCCUCUCCCACCGACAUCAGCCUUCGACGCGUUCUGGUGGGCCACCGGGCCGCGGUCAACGUGGUCGACUUUGACGACAAGUACAUCGUCUCGGCUUCUGGAGAUCGCACCAUUAAGGUGUGGAGCACGAGCACUUGCGAGUUUGUGCGCACCCUAAACGGUCACAAGCGCGGAAUCGCCUGUCUGCAGUACAGAGACAGGCUGGUAGUCAGCGGCUCCUCUGACAACACCAUCAGGUUGUGGGAUAUCGAGUGUGGGGCGUGUUUGCGGGUUUUGGAGGGUCACGAAGAACUGGUUCGAUGCAUUCGGUUCGAUAACAAGAGGAUCGUCAGCGGAGCCUAUGACGGUAAAAUCAAAGUGUGGGACCUGCAGGCAGCUUUGGACCCGAGAGCGCCGGCUAGCACCCUCUGUCUGCGCACACUGGUGGAGCACUCCGGACGAGUUUUCCGGCUGCAGUUUGACGAGUUCCAGAUCAUCAGCAGUUCUCAUGACGACACAAUCCUCAUCUGGGACUUCCUGAACGUGUCGACCAACGGACAGACCGAGGGACGAUCGCCGUCGCGCACGUAUACGUACAUCUCCAGAUAGCAGCAGGGAAGGCCUGAUGGACUACAGUGUGUGAGUGCGCGUGCGUGUGCGUAUAUGUGUGUGCGUGUGUAUGUGUGCGCGUCUGGCGACUGUCCUGACGACCGAGUCUCUGUGGUAGUGUGCCAGGAUCAGAGGUCGAGGAACGCGAACCCCCUCUCCUCCCCCCCUCGUCCUCCCGUCUCCGUCUCUCUCUCCACUUCAGCCGUCGCCCGCAAGAGUGGACACAAACCUUAAGUCCUCCUCUCGCUCCUUACAGACCUUCCCACGUGUUUUGCCAUUUUUUUUUUUUUAUUAAGUUGAGGAAGAGAUGGGAAGAGGACUGAUGGAGAUGGGGGGGAUCCUCUCUGAAGAGAGACGCCAUGGAGAGGAGAAUGUAAAGGAGGGGUUAAGCUCGAC